GUUGCCUGGACAAUGCUGCGGUGUGCAUCUCCUGCGCUCCCGCCCGCGUGCGGGACCCGUGCAGCCGCGCUGCAUCUGAAGGAGCUGGCGGAGGGGGACGGCGGCCGGGGGGACGACGGGCCGGUCUCUGCGUGGGGCAAGGCGAUGCGCGGGAGACGCUACCUGCUGGAGAGGCCAGAGAGUGGCGGCGGCGGCGGCGGGGUGUUGGGGGGGAAGCAGAAGUCCACCGACUGGCUGUACGAGUCCUACUACUGCAUGAGCCAGCAGCACCCGCUCAUCGUGUUCCUGCUGCUCAUAGUGAUGGGAGCCUGCCUGGCUCUGCUGGCCGUGUUCUUCGCCUCUGGGCUGGAUAUCGAAGACCACAUGGCGUUCUUGAUCACCGUCCCCACGGCUCUGGCGAUUUUUCUAACGAUCUUCGUUCUGGUCUGCAUUGAAUCAAUCUUCAAGAAGCUCCUGCGUCUUUUCUCCCUGGUGAUCUGGGGCUGCCUGGUUGCCAUGGGUUACCUGUUUAUGUUUUUUGGAGGCAUCAUCUGUCCCUGGGACCAGGUCUCCUUCUUCCUCUUCAUCAUCUUCGUGGUGUACACCAUGCUGCCCUUUUCCAUGCGGGACGCCGUCAUCGCCAGCGUGCUGACCUCGCUCUCCCACACCGUCGUGCUCAGCGCCUGCCUGUCCGUCACCGCCGACACCAUGGAGCCCCUGGUGUGGCAGAUUUUGGCCAAUGCUAUCAUCUUCAUCUGCGGUAACAUGGCUGGAGCUUAUCACAAACACCUUAUGGAUCUGGCACUCAAGCAAACCUACCAGGACACCUGCAACUGCAUCAAAUCCCCCAUCAAGUUGGAGUUUGAAAAACAUCAACAGGAACGUCUGUUGCUGUCCUUGCUCCCGGCCCACAUUGCGAGGGUGAUGAAGGCUGAGAUCAUCCAGAGGCUGAAAGGCCCGAACUUCGGCCAGGCGGAGAACACCAACAACUUCCACAACCUCUACGUGCAAAGGCACACCAAUGUCAGUAUUCUGUAUGCGGAUAUUGUGGGAUUCACCCGCCUGGCCAGUGACUGCUCCCCAGGAGAGCUGGUCUACAUGCUGAACGAACUCUUUGGCAAAUUCGAUCAGAUCGCAAAGGAGAAUGAGUGCAUGAGGAUUAAAAUUCUUGGCGACUGCUACUACUGUGUGUCAGGCCUUCCAGAGUCUCUGCCAAACCACGCCAAAAACUGUGUGAAAAUGGGACUGGACAUGUGCGAAGCUAUAAAGAAGGUGCGGGAUGCCACUGGAGUAGACAUUAACAUGAGAGUUGGAGUGCAUUCUGGGAAUGUCCUGUGUGGCGUCAUUGGACUUCAGAAAUGGCAAUAUGAUGUUUGGUCACAUGACGUCACACUGGCCAAUCACAUGGAGGCUGGCGGCGUGCCUGGGCGAGUCCACAUCUCUUCUGUAACCCUGGAGCACCUGAACGGGGCAUACAAAGUUGAGGAGGGGCACGGACAAAACCGGGACCCCUACCUGAAGGAGCACGGCAUUGUCACUUACCUGGUCAUCAACCCCAAAGCGGAGAGGCGCAGCCCGCAGCUCCAGUGCAGGCCCAGGCACACGCUGGACGGGGCCAAGAUGAGGGCGUCAGUCCGGAUGACGCGCUACCUGGAGUCCUGGGGGGCGGCCAAGCCCUUUGCCAACCUCCACCACCGGGACAGCAUGACCACCGAGAACGGCAAGAUCAACACCGCGGAUGUGCCAAUGGGGCAGUACCAUUUUCAGCGACGUACAGAAAGAAAAUCCCAGAGGAAGAGAUUUGAGGAGGAGCUGAAUGAGCGGAUGAUUAGAACCAUCGAUGGCAUCAACUCCCAGAAGCAAUGGCUUAAAUCAGAAGAUAUUCAAAGGAUAUCCCUGUUCUUUCACAAUAAGACAUUGGAGAAGGAGUACAGAGCAACUACUUUGCCAGCUUUCAAGUAUUACGUCACCUGCGCUUGCCUGAUAUUUUUCUGCAUCUUCAUAGUGCAGAUUCUGGUCUUGCCAAAAACCGCGGUCUUGGGAAUCUCAUUCGGGAUGGCCUUCCUCUUGCUGUCCAUGAUCCUGCUAAUCUGUUUCGCAGGCCAUCUCUUGCAAUGCAGCAAAUCCGCCUCCACUUCCCUGCUUUGGGUCCUGAGCUCGUCCAGAAUCAUUGCCAACAAACCCUGGCCACGGCUCACCCUCACCAUGACAACCACCACACUCAUAUUAGUAAUGGCUGUGUUCAAUAUGUUCUUCUUAGAAGACAGUGUGAUUUCUGCAGCUUCCAAUACCUCCAAUGAAACACUGUAUGAACACAAUGGCCAAGCCCUGCAUUUCACUGGGAAAAAUAAUUUCUAUCUUCCGUAUUUCAUAUACAGUUGCAUUCUGGGACUAGUCUCCUGCUCAGUGUUCUUGAGGAUCAACUAUGAGCUGAAGAUGGUGAUCAUGCUGGCCGCUGUGGUGGGCUACAACACCAUCAUCCUCCAGACACACGCCCCUGUUCUGGACGAGUACAGCACAUUCCUCUACAAAACCCAGAGUCUGGACAGGCCAGGAGUUCUGAAAGACCUGAAGACAAUGGGAUCUGUCUCCCUUUUCAUAUUCUUCAUCACUCUACUCGUUUUGGCGAGACAGAAUGAAUAUUACUGUAGGUUAGACUUCCUGUGGAGAAACAAGUUCAAGAGGGAGUGUGAGGAGAUCGAGACCAUGGAGAACCUCAACCGGGUUCUGCUAGAGAAUGUUCUGCCUGCCCACGUUGCGGAACACUUCCUGGCCCGCAACUGGAAGAAUGAGGAUUUAUACCACCAGUCAUAUGACCUGGUCUGCGUCAUGUUUGCCUCCAUUCCAGACUUCAAGGAGUUUUACACAGAGUCAGAUGUCAACAAAGAGGGCUUGGAAUGCCUCAGACUCCUCAAUGAGAUAAUUGCAGAUUUUGAUGAGCUACUGUCCAAGCCCAAGUUCAGCGGGGUGGAAAAGAUCAAGACCAUAGGCAGCACCUAUAUGGCUGCCACAGGCCUGAAUGCAACACCGGGGCCAGAGUACACACAGGAACAUGACAGACAGUACAUGCACAUUGGCACGAUGGUAGAGUUUGCCUUCGCACUGGUGGGAAAACUCGAUGUCAUCAAUAAACAUUCCUUCAAUGACUUCAAACUAAGAGUCGGUAUCAAUCAUGGACCUGUGAUUGCCGGGGUGAUUGGUGCCCAGAAGCCUCAGUAUGACAUCUGGGGAAACACGGUGAAUGUAGCCAGCAGGAUGGACAGCACUGGGGUUCUGGGUAAAAUACAGGUCACCGAGGAGACGAGUCGCAUCCUCCAGACCCUGGGGUACAUGUGCUCUUGCAGAGGAAUUAUCAACGUCAAGGGGAAAGGAGAGCUGAAAACCUUCUUUGUGCACACAGAGAUGACCAGGUCUCUCUCGCAAGGGAAUGUAAUGCCUUGAACAUCGAGCACAAAAUCGGGACCGCGACUGGCUAACCACUUGACCGCGGCAAAGACGUCACGGGGCCAUCUCAUCCGAACCACAGAAUACAUCUGUAAAUAGCUCCACCUUGUCCGUAGAUGAUCGAGAUCUUGGAUGGAUUUAUUUACAGUGCAAGUUACAAGUGGUGCCGUGUCUCCAUCUUAUGAACUGGGUUGUGUGCAGCACAGGUAUUUUAAGUACAUUAGGGGCAGUUUUGUAAGAAAAAAAAAUAAACAAAAAAGUGUUUUGAUGUUUUACUGGCAUUGUUUUGUAAAACUUAUUCAUUAAAAGUUUGUACAUAUGACCUACGUUGCCUUCUUGUUUUGUGUUUUGAAGCCAAAAGUUGAUUGGCUUUUGAAAGGAUUUACCAUGCCAUGUAUGAUUUUGAAUGGGAUUGAAAUUCAAAUCUUAAUCUGAAAAACAAGCAAUACAAAAGUCUCAGAAUAAGAAUUCACGGAGAAGGACACUCAUUAAUUCAU